UCGGAGCCGGUCUGUACGGGCAGCGGACUGGGGGGCAUACGGGGCCCCCCGGGGAGGCCGCGGCCACUCCCCCCGCCCCGGGGCCGAGCGCGGCGGGGGAGGCGGGGAUGGAAACGCCCUUCUAUGGCGAGGAGGCGCUGAGCGGCCUGGCUGCGGGUGCGUCGAGCGUCGCUGGUGCUGCUGGGGCCCCCGGCGGUGGUGGCUUCGCGCCCCCGGGCCGCGCUUUCCCCGGGGCGCCCCCAACGAGCAGCAUGCUGAAGAAAGACGCGCUGACGCUCAGCCUGGCGGAGCAGGGAGCGGCGGGAUUGAAACCAGGGUCGGCCACUGCACCUUCUGCAUUGCGCCCCGACGGCGCCCCCGACGGGCUGCUGGCUUCGCCGGAUCUUGGGCUGCUCAAACUCGCGUCGCCGGAGCUGGAAAGGCUGAUCAUCCAGUCCAACGGGCUGGUGACCACCACCCCGACCAGUACGCAGUUCCUCUACCCUAAGGUGGCGGCCAGCGAGGAGCAGGAGUUCGCCGAAGGCUUCGUCAAGGCGCUGGAGGACCUGCACAAGCAGAGCCAGCUGGGUGCGGCCACCGCGGCCACCUCAGGGGCUCCCGCGCCCCCCGCGCCCGCGGACCUGGCAGCCACCCCCGGGGCCACGGAGACCCCGGUCUACGCCAACCUGAGCAGUUUCGCGGGUGGCGCCGGGCCCCCUGGGGGCGCGGCCACAGUGGCCUUCGCCGCGGAGCCAGUGCCCUUCCCGCCGCCCCCGGGCGCGCUGGGGCCGCCGCCACCUCCGCAUCCACCGCGUCUGGCCGCGCUCAAGGACGAGCCGCAGACCGUGCCGGACGUGCCGAGCUUCGGCGACAGCCCUCCACUGUCGCCCAUCGACAUGGACACGCAGGAACGCAUCAAGGCGGAGCGCAAGAGGCUGCGCAACCGCAUCGCCGCUUCCAAAUGCCGCAAGCGCAAGCUGGAGCGUAUCUCGCGCCUGGAGGAGAAAGUCAAGACCCUCAAAAGCCAGAACACCGAGCUGGCGUCCACCGCGAGCCUGCUGCGCGAGCAGGUGGCGCAGCUCAAACAGAAAGUCCUCAGCCACGUCAACAGCGGCUGCCAGCUGCUGCCCCAGCACCAGGUCCCCGCGUAUUGAGCCCGAGCGCGGGACGCAUGCGCGGACUAGAUGCGGUGGGGGGGGCGCCCCGGACUCUUUCGAGACUCGGUGCCCCCGGACUCGACAAGCUGGACCCCCCUUUACUCUGGAUGGGGACCCCGAGCGCACGAUCCCCGCCCUCGCGCCGCCUCUGUACCCCCAGUCCUACGCGUGGCUGCCCCUUUGUACCUCCGAGUAGGGGCUCUAAGGGGCGCGCAGCCUCACGCUCUGCCUUUAUUUCUUUUUUUUUUUUUUUUUUUUGCCUUUUGGAAGAGAGAACGGGAGUGUCCGAUUUCGCCCUAUUUAUGUUUCUACUCGGGAACAAACGUUGGUUGCGUGUUGCGUGUGUGUUUCCUUGUGUUGGUUUUUUAAAGAAACGGGAAGAAGAAAAAAAAAAUCCUCCCCCCUUAUCCCCCGCGCUCUCUCCUCCUCCCGACACCAUCCCCUCUCUUUUUGUUUGGUUUUGUUUUGCUACGAGUCCACAUUCCUGUUCCGUAAUCCUUGGUUCGCCGGUUUUGUGUUUUCAGUAAAGUCUUCGUUACGCCA